CUGAGGUCUAAAUGGUCGUGGGCUGUGAUUAUUUGGGCUUUAAAGUGAAGUUAUUAACACUAUAAUCCUAAAAUCCAGACACCAGGUGUGUUCUGUGGUUGUAUCUACAGUCGGAGGAGGUGUAUUUGGUGAAACUUCACAUCUAUCUGUGUUUGGCCGGACUAACGUUGUGAAAGAUGAGCGGUGAGGCCAACAAAGAGUUUAUGGAGCAGCUGCGGAUGCAGGAACUCUACGGUCAGAGAAAGGAUGACGGCUCUGACCCAAACACCUACACUGACCCAGAGGAUGGGACCGUGUAUGACUGGGACCAUGAAAAGAAGGCCUGGUUCCCUAAAAUAACAGAGGACUUCAUCGCAGCUUACCAGGCCAACUAUGGCUUCACUAAGGAAGGAGAACCAGACGCCAACAGUGCUGCAGUGAGCAGCACUGAAGCUUCAGAAAAGGAGAAAAAGGGAGAUGACUCUCAAAAGCCAAAACCAGACGAGCAAGAGACCCCAGCCAAAGAAGCCAAACAGAAAGGGGAGAAGAGGAAACUGGAGCCAGGAUGGUUUGAUAUUGACGACAAUAAAAAUACAAACGUCUAUGUGUCAGGCCUGCCCCCUGACACCAGCACUGAGGAGUUUGCUGAAAUAAUGUCCAAAUGCGGCAUCGUUAUGCGGGAUCCCAUCACUGAAGAGUACAAGGUCAAACUCUACAAGGACCAUCAAGGGAAUCUGAAGGGAGAUGGCCUCUGUUGCUAUCUUAAGAAGGAGUCGGUGGCACUGGCUAUGCGUCUGAUUGAUGAGUCAGAGGUCAGAGGUUACAAACUCCAUGUGGAAGCGGCAAGGUUUGAACUAAAGGGCCAGUAUGACGCCAGCAAGAAGAAGAAGAAGAGCAAAGACUAUAGGAAGAAGAUGCAGCAGCAACAGAAGCAGUUGGAUUGGAGGCCAGAGAAAAAAGGAGAAGUGAGGAAGAGACAUGAAAAAGUUGUCAUCAUCAGGAACAUGUUCCAUCCCAGUGACUUUGAGGAAGACCCACUGGUGCUGAACGAGUAUCGUGACGAUCUGCGGUCAGAGUGUGAGAAGUUCGGGGAGGUGAAGAAAGUCAUCCUCUUUGAUAGACACCCAGACGGUGUGGCAUCAGUCGCAUUUAAGGAGCCCGAGCAAGCUGAUGCAUGCAUCCAGUCGUUCGACAGCCGCUGGUUUGGAGGGAGGCAGCUGUCUGCUCAGCUGUGGGAUGGAACGACAGACUAUCAGGUGGAAGAGACGACACGAGAGCGGGAGGAGCGACUGAAGACUUGGUCCACUUUCCUCGAUGGAAGCGCAGCGGGCCAGCAGAACAACAACAAUGCCGCCAAACCAGCAGCAGAGGGCGCCACUGCCACAGAUGCCACAGAACCCACAGAACCUUCAGAACCCCCUAGCACCACUGAGCUCAAACAGCACCCAGAAACAGAACCGCAGCCUUCACAGAAACCGGAACAGGAAGAGGAAGUGGACUCCACAGACAGCAGCUUGGCAGGAAGUGAUGAGGAGGGAGAUUAGAGACACUUGGAGGCACAUCUUUGGUCCCCGUGGCAACCAAUUAGUCCUGCUUGAACUGCUUUAAAGCUCCGUGUUGGGCAGGGGAACAGGAGUUCGGACAGUUUGACGUGUUUUGUAGAAAAAUAAAACAAUAAUUUUUGUCUACACUAUUUUUAUCAUUUCCAGUGUUGGUUUACAUUGUAAUUAAACCUGCACUCAAUAAGCUUCAACACACAGCUUCUCCCUAAUGUUUGAGUCCACUCAUUUACAAUACUCUAAACAAUGAAUGAAUUAUAAAAGAUAACUGAGAAUGAAAAUGUCCUCAUUACUUUUUUUACAUACCACAUCUGAUUUGUUCUUUAUUUUUCAGAGUACAUCAGAAUCAGUACAGUUUUUAUGUCUCUGAUCCAGAACCAGUAUGUGUUUGUGUUUGGCAUUAGACUCCCAUCUAUGUCGCUUUUAGGUCUGAGCACCAGCCAAGGAUACUCCUGCGGAGUUCAAGGUUAAAGGACAAGUUCACUGUUUUAAAACAACAGUCAGGUGUCCAUAUGAACACUGAAAGAGGUUUUCCUUGCUGUAAUUAUUACCCCUUUUCAUCCUGGCUAUU